CAGCUGGAGGGAGAUCUGCGUUAGUCAGACCGGAGCGCCUGUGGUGGUGGUAGUGGGAUCAGGCGAGCUGAUGUCGCCUCUGGAUCGCAUUUGGACCGCCGUUGUGGUGCUAUGCACCCUAUCGACAGGCGGUGCCGCCGCCGCCGCGGACGGUGUGACCGCCGAGGCGCCGUUCUCGUGGCGCGGUCUGCGCGGCACCAUCCGGCUGUCGCAGGCCAGCCCGGCGCACAACGUCACCAUCACGGUGGAUGUGACGCUGAUGGAGGACGAGGCGGCCGGCAGCUACCGGCUGCGGGUCAGCGAGUUCCCCGCCGACUACACCAGAGACGACUACUGCGACGAUAGCGUCACCGGCAAACCGUUUAACAAGCUGGAGGGAUUGGAAGAGAUCCAGUUGCCCUCCGAUGGACCCAUCACCAUGGAAACGAACGAAAUCAGUCUAUUAAGCACUGACACCAUCCUGGGUCGCAGCAUCAAGCUGGAAGGCCCCAGGGUCGUCUGCUCUACAAUACAGGCGCCUGACCUGGAGUACGACGUGGCCGAGGCGCGCUUCCAGUCGCCAGUGGCGGGCGCGGUGUUCAUCCGCCAGUACCGGGUGAACGGCACGCGCUACACCAGCUUGCACGCCGACCUGGCGCACUCGGGCAGCAGCGUGCCCACCUCGUCCCAGCACGGCUGGAGCGUCAUGGUCACUGACGUGCUCACCACGGCCGCCGACGAGAGCAGAGGCACGUGCAACUUCCUACAGCUGGUGUACGACCCGCACAGCGCCGACCCGGCCCAGUGCACCGAGGACACCCCGGAGCUCUGCAAGGCCGGCGACCUGCUCAGUCGGCUCGGCAAGAUCAAGGUAGCCAGCCGGCGAUCUCGGUUCACGCGCCAGUUCUGGACCUCUGACCGGCUGGAGCUGCCGCCGUGGCGCGGCUACCGCAGCGCCUACCUGGUGCUCUACGAGAAGGAUUACCCGGACUCGAUCCUGGCCUGCGCCAAAAUCCGGCCCGUGCAGCGGCGCACCGCCAGCGCGUUCCUCUCGUACGACGGUGUGCACGGCGUGGUGGAGCUGAGCCAGCGCUCGCGGUUCGAGCCGACCCGGCUGCGGCUGAACGUGAGCGGCCUGGCCGGCCGGGCCGACACGUUCGGCGUGCACUCGCUGCCGGUGCCGCCGCGCGCCGUGCGUCGGACGGCGCCCUGUGAGCGUGUCGGCGCCGUCUACAACCCGACAGAGGUGGACGCCGAGCUGACGGAGCCGGCCGGCGGCGCCACCGGCGACCGCUACCCGCUGGGAGACCUCAGCGGCAAGCACGGCCGGCUCACCGGGCUGGACAGCUUCGAGGCCGAGGUGUCCGACUUCAGUCUGCCGCUGUGGGGGCCGCGCUCGGUGGUCGGCCGCUCGCUGGUGAUCACAGCGGCCGGCGGCGGCGAGGGCGGCGCCGGGGGCGCGCCGUGGGUGUGCGCCAACCUGCAGGACAGCCGGCCGAUGGUGACGGCCGCCGCCGUGUUCCGGUUCCCGCUGGCCGGCCGCGUGCUGUUCCUGCAGCCUGAGGACGCACCCGAGGAGGACACCACCGUCCUCCUGGAGGGCCUGCUCUACAACGACGGCUCCAUGAACGGUACCGGCGCGCACCGCUGGAACGUCAACGAACUGGUGCCAGGCGCCGACUUCAGGAACUGGAGCGGCCGAUGCCUCAGCGCUGGGCCCCGCUUUAACCCCUACCAGGUGAACAGCGAGUCGCGCCUGUACUCGCGCUCGUGCAGCGCCGAGGAAAUGACCAACUGUGAGAUGGGCGACAUGGUCAGCAAGCACGGCACACUGAAUCUAGCGGCGCUGCGCGACAAACUCAACGAGACGCGGCGCCUGUGGACCGAUACCAACCUGCCGCUCUCUGGCCCAAACUCGAUCAUCGGCCACAGUCUGGUCAUUCACGACGACAACGGACCCAAGGCGCGCGGAGACCGGCUGGCCUGCGUCGAAAUAAUUCGCCUGUUCCGAUAUAAGGGUGUUGUGAAACAGUGGGCCUUCAACGGUGAAAAGGAAGGCAACAUCAAAGGCAAAAUAGAGUUUAUACAGGAGUCUCCCUACACGAUAACGAACACGGAGACGGACCUCACUGGACUGGACGGCGCUGCCGGAGGCUACCACGUCCAUCUGGUGCCUGUACAGCUUAAAGACGAGUUUCCGUGCCAUAACAUCGCUAUCGGUGGUCAUUUCAAUCCGUACGGGAUCAACCCCAGGGCGUCCCCACCGCCAGGACACGGCUCCAGCGACCAGUACGAGUCUGGGGACCUCAGCGGCAAGUAUGGCGAGCUGACUGGCAGGAGUGAGGUGCAGCGUGUCAGCAACGACACCAACCUGCAGCUGUUUGGGCCCGACACCAUCCUGGGCCGCAGCGUGGUCAUCCACCGGGCCGCUGACCAGUCACGAUGGAUGUGCGGUAACAUCCUGUGGGGCUACUCGCCGGCCGAGGCACGUCAGGUGACCGCCAUCGCUUCGUUCCACCACCCACACGGCUACGCCUGGGGAUACAUCCGAUUCAGCCAGCUGGUGUACCACACGGGCGGCCGCAGCGAGACGGUGAUCGAGCUGAACCUGCGCCACCCGGGCUCCAACGACCGCAACGUCACCUCGGGCCACAACUGGGCUAUCUUCGUCAACCCGGUGGGCCACGACGCCGCCGUCAAGUUUUUCACGUCUCGCUGCACAGCCGGUGGCUACCGCUGGAACCCGGACUUCAUCCACCUGGCCAAUCCGAAUGCGCACGACUUUUACAACGAGCAGUGCAGUCCGGAGACGCCGCUGCGGUGUGAGAUUGGCGACCUCAGCGGCCGGCUGGGCACCAUCGACCUCGGCCAGAAGCGGGUGGUCAUGUCCGACCCGAACCUGCCGCUCG